AUGCGUGUGAUUGCCAGGAGCGAUGACCUUAUCAAUCAGGCCGUACUAUCUUCAACCCCUUUGGACACCAUCCGCGCCUUGGAUGACAUCUCAGACACGAUCUGCCAGGCGUAUGACACAGCAGAGUUCUGCAGGAAUGUGCAUUCGUGCCCAGAAUGGCAGGAGGCCGCCACGCAGGCCUGCAUUGUCCUUGGAGCCCAAGUGGAGAAGCUAAACACAAACGAGAGCUUGUAUGGCGCACUGGUCAGAGCACUGGAUUGCCAUGAGCAAACAGCUGCGCACUCUGCUCCAGCUUCAGAGUACGAGCAGCGACCCGGCUUGCUGACAGCGGAGGCCCUGCGGGUUGGCCGAUCCCUGCGCCAUGACAUGGAGAAGGCCGGCAUCCACCUGCCACAUGACAAGCGCAGCCGCCUGACAGAGCUCGUCGGGCAGGAGAGAUGCCUUGGCAUGGCCAUCGGCCAGAACCUGACGGACGUGUCAAAGCUGGGCCACGUGGACCUGGACAUAAAUGGGGAGGGGGGCGUGCUGCUGCAGUCGCGCAUGAACUCGCUGGCGCCCAGCAGAAGCGGCCGCAGGGUGUCUCUGGGCAGCCACGCGCUCAGCGGGCUGCUGCAGUGGGAGCACAGCGCUAAGAACCGGCAGAAGGCGUAUGUGGCGGGCUACUGCUCGCCCCGGGAGAACCUGGCGCUCCUGGAGCAGCUGCUGGGCGCGCGCCAGGAGAUGGCGGCGCUCGUUGGGGCGCGCAGCUACGCGCACCACAAUCUGCGCGAUGCCACUCUGGCCGGCUCGCCCGAGGCCGUGCACUCCUUCCUGCUCGACCUGGCCGCCGCCAUCCAGCCCAAAGUGGAGGAGGAGGUUGAGCUGCUGCGGAGGUACAAGGCAAAACAUCUGGGCAAGGCGGUGGCAGAUGUCCAGCUGGAUGCCUGGGACCGUCUCUACUACAUGGCCAUGGCCAAGGCCGAGGAAUACCCGUUGGAUCAGUUAGAGGUGGCGGCCUACUUUCACCUGCAGCACUGCAUCGACGGCUUUGGGCAGCUGCUGAAGACCCUCAUGGGCGUGUCACUCACGAAGGUCCCUCUAGCACCGGGGGAGGCUUGGGCGGACAACAUCCAGAAGCUGACGCUGGUGCACGAGGAUGAGGGCCCUCUGGGGACCAUCUACCUGGAUCUGCAACCCCGGCGCGGGAAGGUGGCGGGGGCGUCGCACUUCACGCUGCGCUGCGGCCGGCGGCUGGUGGACGGCAGCUACCAGGCUCCCAUCGUGGCGGUCGUGUGCAGCUUCGCUGUGUCGUCCGGCGGCCUGCUCAGCCCCGACCAGGCGCAGACGCUGUUCCACGAGUUCGGCCAUGCCCUGCACUCACUGCUCUCCCGCACCCACUUCCAACACCACUCCGGGACGCGGGGCCCUAUGGAUCUGAUGGAGGUUCCCUCGCACGUGACGGAGCAUUUCGCGCGCAGCCCCCAUUCGCUGCGCGCGUUCAUGCACCACCACAUCAGCGGCCGGCCCAUGCCAGCGCCCCUUGUGCAGCGCCUGCGCGCCUCCCAGCGCCUCUUUGAAGCCAUCAACCUCCAACAGCAGGUGGUGGAUGCCCUGAUUGACCAGAGGCUGCAUGGGCCGCGGAGCAUGGGAGGCGCUAGCAGCUCUGACAUUGUAAGCGAGGUCAUGCAGGAGCACUCUGUGUUUCCCUUCGUCCCCGGCACAUUCCCACAAGCCAGGUUCCACCAUCUUGUGGGUUAUGGUGCGACGUACUACUCCUACCUGUAUGCGCAAGCUCUGUCAUCAGCUAUCUGGCAGCAGCACUUUGCCAAUGGGCAGAUCAACCGGUCGUCAGGCGAUCACAUACGGCGCACAAUGCUGCAGUGUGGCAGUGCACGGGAACCUGCACACUAUGUGCAUGGGAUGCUGGGUGAUAGCCAUCUUGUUCCAGUGAAUGGGGGUUUCAAGCCUGAAAUCUCCAGCCUGUUGAAGGACCUUGGGUUAGAAUGAUAGAGUAGAAUAGACUAGAGAGCAGUAUUGCGCUUGUGUUUUUUGGGCUUCUGUCUGGCAACAAAGAUGUUGCAUGCACUCCUUGACAUGCAAAGAAAUUGAGCUGCAGUCUAAUAUGGCAAACUAGGUUCACAGCACGCCAUUGUCCCUUAUGAUGUUGCCGCUCUAGAUGCAUAUGCAUGGCAACAAGCAGAACUGCAGCUGCUUGUUUAGAGAGGAUGGGUGUCAUUUGGUGCCAAAAGCAGCAACUGUGGUAGUGCUACCACAGGGUGAAUAACAGAAAAGCUCACACUGCCUAUGCUUCUUAUGCGUUUGCAUGUCGCUGGUUCCGACCUAGCUUUUACCUCAAGACAUUUCUUUUCAACAAUAUCAAAACACACAUGCCAGCACAAUUGGCGCUCCACACAACAAAAGCUGUAGGAAAUCUCUGAGAAGUUAAUACUUGAAUGUUUCACUGCAUCCACUUUGCAGUCACCUUGUUGCAUGAUAAGCAAGCGCACAAUCACUGUAUCGCCUACUCCUGUUGAGAUGUCAUGUUUGCCAGAUGCGCUGCAUUUCCAAAUCCAAUGGGCGGCAUUGGCCACGGCAGCCGUCGCCCGUGCGGGUCAAUCUUCAGGUCUCCAAUGAGCAGCAGACCACUCAGGACCCCUUCUUUCCGCUCAUCAUCAUCUGGCACCUCCCCCAUUGCCUUUGCCACAUUGAACUGCAGCAUGGCAGCAUACUCCAAGGAGUCAGGAAGGCCCAGGUCAGCUGUUUGCAGUGCCGAGGAGGCUGGCAGACGCAGUUCACCCUCUGUGCCAACCGGCGAGCUUUCC